AUGGAUGCCCUGAGGCUCAUCGACGACGACGUCUCGAUCGACGACGAGCUCGUGCGCUCCACCUCGAGCGCGGUGCGCGCGUACUGGUUUCCCAAUCGCUCGCAAACGCUCGAGGCGGCGUACAAGAAGAAGUGGUUCGCUACGAACGACGACGUGCGCUCAGUGGACGAGGAAAUCGAACGAACGUUCGGGGGCGUCCUGCGGGCGAUUGAAAGCGCGACGUCCGGAGAAGAGGUCGAUCGAGAGAGCGUUCUACGAGCGCACGAGCGGUGGACGCGCGAACCGUCGACGACGGCUGCGCUGGUAGUGAUGCUAGACCAGUUCAGUCGACACAUGUACAGGAAGGCCGAGGACCGAGACGCGAGGGUGGGAGCAAACGACCGCGUUGCGAUAAUCAUCGCGGAGGAUUUAUUAGAUAAUAAACGCGAGUGGUUGUCCGAGCUCACAGUGCCAGAGCAGGUGUUUGUGCUCAUGCCAUUUCGGCACACGCAAAAGACGUGUCCGCGCUUGUUGAGAUGCUUAGAACUGAUUGACGAGCGCGUGGGGCUGGAGGAUGAGAACAGAGAGCUAUUGCAAAAAUUCCGAAAGACCACGCUCCGGUGUUAUCAGGAUUUGGAAGGGAAGCAACACGAAGCUGGCGAUAAUAUUUUAGAACGCCAAGAGUUCACGCCGUCUGAGGAAGUUAUGGCGACAAUGUCGUCGAACUCACUGUACAAUACAAUAGAAGAAUUCAUGCGAGAGAGCAUGCAUGAAUUCGGGAACACAAUCGCCGUGUCACUCAGUGGAGGCGUUGAUUCCAUGGUACUGGCUUACAUUCUCAAGCACCAAGGAUAUGACGUCGUGACGCUGCACAUUGACUACAAGAACAGACCAGAAAGCACAGAAGAGGCAGACUUCGUGGAUGAUUGGAGCGUACGACAUGGGAUGAAAUUCGAACGAUGUACAGUAGAUGCGAUACGACGCGGUGUCACUCCGAGAGAGCAGUACGAGAUUGAGUCAAGGAAAAUCCGGUACGGCUUUUACAAGAAGAGCGGCCAGAAGCAUGGUUUUCCAGCGGUCCUGCUCGGGCACCAUCACGGUGACGUACAGGAGAACAUAAUCACUAAUUUGAUGCGUGGAGCCAAUCUUCUGUCUGUUAAUGGCAUGGACAAACGCGGUGUAGUCGAAGGCGUGCGUAUUUGGCGUCCCAUGCUCCCGCAUAAUAAGGUGGACGUCCUCGACUUUGCGCAUACAUAUGGAGUACCAUAUUUCCUCGACUCAACUCCAACGUGGAGCACACGAGGAAAGCUCAGAAACCAGCUCGUGCCCUUGCUAGAAGAUAUGUUUGGCGAUGGUUUCAUGAGGAACGUGAGCAUGAUUGGUGAAAAUAGUGAUCAACUCUCGGAAAUGGUCGAUAACGCCCUGUUCAAGCCGUUUUGGAACGACAGGAAGAUGAGCGACGUCGGAUGUUACGUGGACUGCACUCCGUACAUCUCGCAACCUAUUUUCUUCUGGAAACAGGUGAUUCGAGAGAUGUGCCACGGACUUGGGGCGAGCAUGCUGAAGGAACGCUCUGUGCGCUUACUGCUGGGGCGCGUAAAGAGGACGAGAUCUAAGAAGGAUGGUUGGUUGUGUUUGAAAAAAGAAAAUGCCACAUUCAUGACUGGCAACACCUUCGCUAUUUUUACUACAGAAUUCAUGCCUAGAUCGGAAAUCAUCAAGCAGGGGAUGAUCAUCACGAUGGAUUCCAACAAGAAAUCGUUCGAUCUCGGUAACUGGCGCAUCACCCUGGAGGUGGUGCCAAACACAAGCACGCACGAAGGCGAGCGCCUGUUGGAUGAGCAGGCAAUAACAGUGUGGCAGGUGCUAGGAAACGACAUCUCCUACCACGUCCCAUACGACAGUUCGUACGUCAUAGAUCCAGAGAUCAGAUUCCCUCCGACGAAGGGGUUGGACGUCGUCGUGCGGAACGCUAUUCCUUUCAUCGCUCCGCCAAACGUGAGCUUUGCGCACCUCCCCGAGGAAAGUAGACCACCCCGGAAGUUCAUGCGCUACGAACGCUCGGCUCUCGAGGCGGAGAACUGCGUCAAAGUCACGCUCAAGUUCACUCGAACCAAGCUUUACGUCGUCUCCAGCGAUGAAGAAUCCUAG